CAGAGUUCCCUCUCUCUCUCUCUCUCUCUCUCUUAAGUUAAGAAUGCCAUUAAUAAUCAUAAAAACCCAUUAACAAAGUAAUAUAGAUAUCUUUGUUCCACAUUUUUUUAGAAAAAAAAAAAAACCCAAAGCACUUAGCAAUAUAUUUCAGAAAAACAAGAUUCCCCCACUGCUGCAAAGUUUUCUACUAUCGCUCCAAACUAAGAAAAACUCUGCUGUGUGAGAAAGAUAUUCUCUCUCUCUCUCUCUUCCCAUCAAUCUAAUCAGAUCAUCCACUACUCUUAUCUCUACCAAUCCCAAAUCAUAAAAAUUAGUACUUCAACUUCAAAAGUUCCAUUCUAGCUCCUCAAAAAAGGAAAUGUGUAAUAUAUAUCAAUCAAUAAUCUGCAGGGUCUUACUUUCUUUUUAUUAAGCACUAGUGCUUUGUUUUAAUUUUUUUUUUCUCCUGACUGUGUUGUUUUCAUGUCAACAGUGACAUCUGCCAGAAAGUAGACUUAUGUGAUAGCAAGCUGAAGGAGUUAUAAGAAACCAAAGUUUUCAGUUCCUUCACUUGUCUUCAACGGUUUCAACUUUGCUUUGCUCUCUUUCUUUGCUUUCUUUCUUUUUUAUUUUUUUUCUUUGUUAGGUCUAUAUUAGGCUGUCUUAUGGUCACUGAAAAGAGUUUUUCUCAUCACCCAAAAGGAAAGGAAAACCCUAGUUAAGAUCGAAAGUAGUUGAAAGAAAGAAGAGAAACAUCCCAUCAGCACCAUCACCGCAAAGACGACCAACACAUCUUUUUUAUAUCCCAAUUUAAUAAAACCCAAUAAUAGUUUUAUAGUUGUAGAAUACCUAUUAAAAACCGUCCUCUUUCCAGCGAUUCAAUUAGAGAAAUGGAUAGCUCCAAGUCCGAAAACGCCAGCCUCAUCAACGUUAGCCAUGACGGUGCCACUUCACUUGCAUCAUCGUCUUCUUCAAGCUCUAGCCGCUACGAGAACCAAAAGCGCCGUGACUGGAACACCUUUGGGCAGUACCUGAAGAAUCAUAGGCCCCCACUUUCUCUGUCCAGGUGCAGUGGAGCUCACGUCCUGGAAUUCCUUCGCUACCUUGACCAAUUCGGCAAAACCAAAGUCCACACUCCAAUCUGCCCCUUCUAUGGCCACCCAAACCCACCAGCCCCUUGCCCAUGCCCACUUCGUCAAGCCUGGGGUAGCCUUGAUGCUCUCAUCGGCCGCCUCCGAGCUGCCUUUGAAGAAAAUGGAGGAAAACCUGAAGCAAACCCAUUUGGGGCACGAGCUGUGAGGCUUUAUCUUCGUGAGGUUCGUGAUUCGCAGUCAAAAGCAAGAGGGAUUAGCUAUGAGAAGAAGAAGCGUAAGCGACCACCAGCUCAACAAAUCCCAACUCUGCCACUGCCACCACCGCCAGGUGCAAGUUAAAAAUAUGCAUCAGCAAAAUAGCAGUUUACUCUAUCUAGCAUACGAGUAAAUGUUUCUCCUGGUUGCUCCUAAUUGCUUGAUCUAUGUGGGGUAGCUUUCUUUAGUUUUUCCAUCAGUUAUAUGGUAUUAUUUUAAGAUAUCAGUAUAUUUUUAAGGGUAGUUUUACUUUCCUAUGCUUUCUGUUUGCCGUUAGAGUGGUAAAAAUUGGUAAUGCUUUAGAAAUUUUGGGGGAUUCCUUGAAUCUACUUUUGAUGCAAACAGUGUUAGUAUCCUCGGUAAGGACUAGUAGUAGUACUAAAAAAAGUCAUUCUAAGAGUGAUUGUACUAGCAGUUUGUUGCCUAAGUGGAACUGAGAGCAUCUAAUUGCUCAUGGGUUUUAUUUACUUUGAGUAGUCAUGUAUGCCAAACCAUAUUUAUUUGCACUUCAUCUCUCCGUAUCUCUCCUCGUUUUAACCUCAUUUGCUUUCCAAUUCUUUUAAUGAGGGUGUUGGCAAGUCCAUUCAU